AUCUUAGGAAAGGAUUUAUUCUGGCUGACAGCUUACGGCCUGUCAUCAAGGGCAGCCAAGGGGGAAGCUAGAGGCAGGAAGUAGAAACCAUGGAGGAAGGCUGCUCACAGUCUUGUCCAGCUACCCUGUUCUAAACGGUUCAGGUCCAUCUGCCUAAGGGUGGCACCGCCCUUAGUGGGCUGGGCCCUCCCACAUCAAUUGGCAAUCAAGAAAAUGCACAGACAUACCCACAGGCCAAUCUGAUGGAGCUAAUUUCUCAACUGAGAGCUCUUUUCCUAAGUGCCUCAACUUGACACUCAAGAUUAGCCAUCACACUAUCUUGAGCCAGUCAUACAUACACACACACACACACACACACACACACACACACACACACACACACAUUCCCCUGACAGUGUGAUGCAGCCAGGAUCCCUCACUAGAAUCUGCCAUGCUGUUUGAACUUCCAGUCUCCAAAACUGUGAAUUAAAUACAUGUUUUCUUUACUCCCUUCCCCUCCAAAAAAGUAGCCUCGAAUUCCACUGGAGUUCCAAUCGCCCACAGCAGGCAAUACUAACUAACGUCCUAUCUGUUCUGUUCUGUUUUGUUUUCAAAGGAGCUGGGGAUGGAAUCCAAAGCCUUUCGUAAGCUCGGUACCGCAUGCUCCCAGAUCCUCAGCAGUGGUUUCUAGGCAAAUGCUCUUCCACUGAGUCAUACCCCAGCUUCUCACUGGUGUGAAUUCUGAGUAAUCAGUCUGCUAUCUAACCACAACUUCAGCCCCUCACUGAGGGGAUUCUAAGUCAGGCCCAGCACUGGUAAGCUUACCCCCAACCCCCACCUUUUAAUGUUUUUGGAGAUGGGGGUCUUACUAAAUUGCUUGGGUUGGUUUUGAACUCAUGAUCCUCCAGAGUAGCUGGGACUUCAAGCUUGCACCACUGUGUCUGGCUGCAUGAUACUUGAGACAUAUGGACUCCAUUUGAAAAUCUGUUUCUCCAUUUUCCCAGCUGCUCACUUGACAACAGGGCCCAAGAACAUGGGAAGGGAGCACAGCAUGGAACACGGCAGGAACACGUGCAUGCAUGGAACAUGGCAGGAACACGUGCAUGCAUGGAACAUGGCAGGAACACGUGCAUUCAUGGAACAUGGCAGGAACACAUGCAUGCAUGGAACAUGGCAGGAACACAUGCAUGCAUGGAACAGGGCAGGAACACGUGCAUGCGUGGAACAUGGCAGGAAUGCAUGUAUGCAUGGAACAUGGCAGGAACACGCACAUGCAUGGAACAUGGCAGGUACACACAUUCAUCACCUCCUUCGGGUUUCCCAGAGGGAAAGGUUGGCUCCCCUUCCCUUCCCUGGGUUUCUAGCCUGCCAGGGAUCCUGCAGAGAGGCAGGUGAUUUGGUAGGUAACCCAUCUGUGUGAAAACCCAGGGUGCGUAAGAAUGUCAUCACGGAGAUAGCUCAUGUGCACACAUGUGAACACACAUCCUAGUAAAACCGAGAGACAAGCAGCUUCCUUCUAUGUGUGCCUAAAUGUGUGUAGGCAGGAAAGAAGAGUGUUUCUGGUCCCUAGAGAACCCACAGUUAGGGGUUAGGGCUCGCCUAAGAUGAGAAAGGCUAUGACUCCUAAAGCAUCCAGUCUACAUGGUCUACCAAGAAAAGCACAAGAGUGUCACAAAGACUUUUCAAUAUAAGGGAGGGGAGGCCAAGGAAGAGGGGAGAGAGGGCAGAGGCUAGAACUCUGGUCUCCCCAGGGUCAUGUCCAGGGUUGGUCUCUAUAGGUACCUAGGGCAUUUACUCCAGGCAUAGGUGGCCAGCAGGCUUGGGGUCCAGGGACUUCAUAAUAUGGAUGGCUCUUUGGAGCUACAGAGCACUGCCCUGAGUAGUCGUGAAUAUAUCAAUGGACUGUCAAGGUUCGACCUGUCUAAAGCCAUGCAAGGCUAUUUCCCAAUAUUCUUGCCAGGCCUGGGGAUGACAGAUUAGGGAGUUGAAGAACAUAAAUCCAGUCUGGCCUCAAUCUCCAGUCUUUCAUGCAUUUGACUGUUAUAGUCCACAGUACCCCCCUCACGCCUUGAAUAGGCUGCCCCUCUGUCUGCCACACCCUGCACACACAAGUAAAGCCAGAAUGGAUCAAUCUCCCAGCCACACCCUUGCCCAUGUCAGGGUCAGACAAGCGCUGCCUGAAUACCCAUUGGGGGUCACUACCCUUCUCCACCAUCAGGAGAUCCAGGGAGGGUCCGGUGGACAGGAGGACGGGCUCCCGACACGUCCUGGCACGGGCAAAGGUAGACUUAGGCUGUCGUCUGGCGAGAAGAGAUGCUCGCUGGGGCUGGACGUCGUGGGCAGGGGUCCCUUGAAACAUAGAGGAGCAGGUAAUAAGCAGGGGGUGCUCAUUGUGGGUAGCUAUAACCAUCCUCCAUGCAUAUGGGGGUGCGACGCAGCAGCACCCUGUCUACAUCCAGAGCUCCGGGACGCCCCAUGACCGGAAGUGCCCCCCUCGUGGGCGCGGACAAGGCGGGGCCGGCGGGCGGCACUUCCGGUGCCCACGCGCCGCCGCCUCCUCCGCCGUCGCGCAGCUCGCGGCCGUCACUUUGUGUAGUGCGGGGGGGAGUCCCCGGUGGUCACAGCCCCCCACCCCCCACGAGUCCGUGUCUCGCUCCGGCUUGGCCGGGCCCGGGCGCGCGCGCGGUGAGUGGGGCGCGCGGAUGCGGCAGAAGGGGUUCUGAGAGCUUGUUCCCUCAAAGAGACGAAAACAAGAGCCUUCCCACACCCCGCGAGCCGCAUAAGUCCUUGUAGUCGACGGUCCUCCGGCCCGGCCUGGUCCAUGUGCACCAAGGGCUGGGCCAUACGGAGGCUCUCUCCCAGGGAUGAUGGCUGCCCUUCAGAGUGCUCCAGACUCCCCAGCUACCCAGCUGGAGCCAGCAGAAGAUGGGUCAGAAUGUGAUGCUGACCCCGAGGAGGAGGAGGAGGAGGAGCAGCAGGAGGAGGAGGAUGAAGAAGAGGAGGAAGAGGUAGUAGUAGAAGAAGUGGCCACACCGGUGCAGGAGGUGGCAGAAGUAGAGGUGGAAGCCAACUCAGCAGACAAUGGUGGAGGUGAUGAUGAUGAUGAUGGUGGUGGUGGUGAUGAUGACGUGGAGGAGGUCCUGGCAGAGGAGCAGACUCUGAGCUUAGGGACCCAGGAGCGGCAUAGCAAUGGUGGUCAUGCCAAGGCACCAGUUCUUCAAGGAAAAGCCCUACAGACCUCCCGGGUAUCUCCCACUACUCAGGAUGAAGAUGUGGAGGAAGAAGAGGAAGAGGAAGAUGAGGAGCAUUUCCUGACCCAGGGCCUGGUGACUUUUGAAGAUGUGGCCGUGUACUUCUCUUUGGAGGAGUGGGAGAGGCUGGGUGUGGACCAGCGGGAUCUGUACCGGGAAGUAAUGCAGGAGAACUAUGGGAUCCUGGUCUCCUUGGGAUACCCAAUCCCUAAGCCAGAUCUGAUCUUCCACCUCGAACAAGGAGAAGAACCUUGGGUUGAAGAUGGCCCCCAUCCCGAGGAGGGAGAUGUCGUCACUGGUGUCUACACGGGAGCCUGGUUCUGGAACGAUGACAUAGAGGACCACGAGGAGGAAGAUGACGAGGACUUCCUUGCUGAGGUGGCUGAGGAGGAGAAUGAGCCCCCGGGGCUAUGGUCUGCUGCCUAUGGAGUGGGGGAUGUGCCUGGGACUUGGGGCCCCGACGACUCGGAUUCGGUGCAGACUCCAGAGGGUUGGGGACCCAACCCAGGCAGUCUCGGUAUCCUGGCGGAGGAGGUUGAAGCAAAACAUUUCCUGUCUGGCCGGGAGCCUGGGGAGAACUUUCUGGUGCCCUGGGCAUUUCCCGCAGUGGCUGUCCCCAUCGGAUGUCCGGAGACCACUUGCGAUGUGUGCGGCAAAGUGUUUCCGCACCGUUCCCGCCUGGCCAAGCACCAGCGCUACCACGCAGCGGUCAAGCCCUUCGGCUGCGACGAGUGCGGCAAGGGCUUUGUGUACCGCUCGCACCUGGCCAUCCACCAGCGCACCCAUACCGGCGAGAAGCCCUUCCCGUGCCCGGACUGCGGCAAGCGCUUCGUCUACAAGUCGCACCUGGUCACGCACCGGCGCAUCCACACGGGCGAGCGGCCCUACCGCUGCGUCUUCUGCGGCGCGGGCUUCGGGCGGCGCUCCUACUUGGUGACCCAUCAGCGCACGCACACCGGCGAGAGGCCCUACCCAUGUCUACACUGCGGCCGUAGCUUCAGCCAGAGCUCAGCGCUCGCCCGCCACCAGGCUGUGCACACCGCUGAUCGUCCUCACUGCUGUCCGGACUGCGGCCAGGCCUUCCGCCUGCGCGCCGACUUCCAGCGUCACCGGCGCAGUGGCGGCUGCACGGAACCCAGCAGUGGCGAUGGCGCGCGGAUGGCUCCCCACGAGGUGGGGAUGGCUCCCAAUGAGGUGGAGAUGGCAGUCGCGGCUGUAGCCACGGUGGAACCUGAGGAACUGGAGGCCGCGCCCGCAGAGACUGAAGAGCCCGAGGCUGGUGUGGCAGAUGGAGACACCGAGGCUGAAGCCAGACAGGACGAGCAGGUGGUGGUCGCUCCGGCGGCAGAAGCGACUGUCCCCGACAGCAAGAAGGACCCUGAACCAGACAGACGGUUUCGUGAGAUGGGCAACGGCCUGGCUGAGGGCGAAGGGCCUUCCUCGCAUCCGUUCGGCUUCCACUUCCCCAUGCAUCCCAAGUCCUGGCUGCAUCCGGACGGUUUCCCCAUUCUGGGGUUUCCCGAGUUCUCUGAACGGCUGCAAGCCGAUGGACGCCAUCUGCCCGGUCCCCUGGGCUCCCCGCUUUCCCUGCAAGGCAUGGGGUUGGCUUGCGACCCGUUCCGCAGCGUGGGCCCCGGCGCCGGCGUGGAUGGUGGCCUGCGAGCAUUCCCGCCCGCUGUCCGCUCCUUGCUGUCGGAGCCCGCGCCUGCGGCGCUGGCGGAGGAGGAGAGCCCGUGGAUCUGCUCCGACUGCGGCAAGACGUUCGGGCGGCGCGCGGCGCUGGCCAAGCACCAGCGCUACCACGCGGGUGAGCGGCCGCACCGCUGCGCCGACUGCGGCAAGAGCUUCGUGUACGGCUCGCACCUGGCGCGCCACCGGCGCACGCACACGGGCGAGCGGCCCUUCCCGUGCCCGGAAUGCGGCGCUCGCUUCGCCCGCGGCUCGCACCUAGCGGCGCACGUGCGCGGCCACACCGGCGAGAAACCGUUCGUGUGCGGCGUGUGCGGGGCAGGCUUCAGCCGGCGCGCGCACCUCACGGCGCACGGGCGCGCGCACACGGGCGAGCGGCCCUACGCGUGCGCCGAGUGCGGCCGGCGCUUCGGCCAGAGCGCCGCGCUCACGCGGCACCAGUGGGCACACGCCGAGGAGAAGCCGCACCGCUGCCCGGACUGCGGCAAGGGCUUCGGCCACAGCUCGGACUUCAAGCGACACCGACGCACACACACGGGCGAGAAGCCGUUCCGUUGCGCUGACUGCGGCCGCGGGUUCGCACAGCGCUCCAACCUCGCCAAGCACCGGCGCGGCCACACGGGCGAGCGGCCCUUCCCCUGCCCCGAGUGCGGCAAGCGUUUCUCUCAGCGAUCGGUGCUCGUGACGCACCAGCGCACGCACACGGGGGAGCGGCCGUACCUGUGCUCCAACUGCGGCCGGCGCUUCUCGCAGAGCUCGCACCUCCUCACGCACAUGAAGACGCACCGCGGGCCGGGGAGCGCGCCGGCGCACACCUCCUCCACCAAGGCCCAGGCGCCUGCCAAGGCCACGCCGCCUCUGCCCCCACCGGGCUCGGGCUCCGGAACGCUGCUCGAGUUCGCGGGAGGAACCAGCUUCGGCUCCGAUCCUGCCGCGUUCGCCGGGCCCUCCGGCAGCUACGAGGAGAGCAUCCUGUGAGGUCUAUCGAAGCUCGGCGUGUCCUCCAGCUCUUUGGCGGGCUGAGGAUUCCCACUCUUGGGUGCUCGGGUCUCUCCCGCCCCAAGCUUCAGAUUUCGCUUGGGUGCGCACGGGCCGCCACCCUGACCAAGACCGACCCGUCCCUCGAUCUGUGGUGCAGGGGCGGUGGGAUGGCGGGCAAGGCCUAUUAGUUCAUCACGGAUCCGGUUCAGGUGCCCUAGAGCCCCGCUGCUUAGGAGUCUGUCACCGGGCUCUCUGGUGCAUUUGGGUUUCUUGGUGGGUUUGGCCUCUACUCAUUCUCCUUGGGAGAUUUGGGGACCGUCUUCCUGUCACUUGAGUGAGUCCAGUAAGUGUUCAGAACCUAGUUCAAGGCAGGCAGGAACCUCAGUAGGUUUUGGGGAAGAUAGAGGUAUGAACGGGGUAAGUUUUUGUUCUGUCGCCUGUAGGUAUUUAUUCCCAUCGCUUAUAUGACCCGAAGAGUGUGGGAGGAGUUGAAAAAGCAAGAUACCAAAUGCAUAGCCAGGUCGCAGAUAUUGUCCAGGACCCUGGGGAGUUGGAAGCCUUAUUCUUUGGAAAUCCUCACUCCAACCUCUAAACAGGUCUGGCAAGCGCUGGCCACCACAUGGACUUUGGUAUUGCUAUCCUCUCUCAGUUUGUUCUCUAGUGGCUGUAAGUAGCACACGUGGACAUCUUUGGGGUGCCUGGUGUGGGCUCCUACAGACACAGUUCUCACUUUCAUUUCCUAGCAGAUCCCUCCCCUGGAGCAGGUGGCUGUGGAGCCCUGUGCUCAGCCAGCCUUUCCACAGCACUGGGGUGGGUCCGGGAAUCUUCCCGCUCGUCCUGUAAAAAGGGCCCAACAUCCUCUGCAAGCCUCUUCACACAGCCUCUGUAAUCACCCUACACUAGGAGCAGGCAGUGUUUCUGCCGUGGGUGGGUGGGUCUCCACAUAAAGGACCCCCGUGGAGCUGAGCUCACAGCGCCUUACUAUGCAAGGCCCCUUACAGUGGACAGCUAACUUUCCAGCCCUGACUGUUGGCACCUGUGGUGUGGCUCACAGGAGCCCCUCCCACCCUCCAUGAAUUCUGGGCCAGUGUGACUGGGGACUAGAGAAGUGAGAUUUCCACCCAACUGCAUUCCCUUUUAGACCUAGAUCCUUUCUUGUAGUAUAGACAUGACCUUGGGGCCCAAGAGCUAACAGGCAGGCUGCUAGGUGCUGGGUGGGUAGUCCAUGGGUGGGAAGAGAGCCUGGGUGGUGAUGGUCAGAACUUAGCCUGACCUGUGCUGUCGAGUGGGGAGGAAGACAUGGGUCCUCAUUGUUCAGCAGUGGAUAUCUGUCCCUCUUAAUCUUCUCUGGACAUGAGCUUCAGAUCGAGCCAGGGCAGGGUGGUCCGGGAGGGUGCCACCCAUCCCUCAUAGUCUCCAGUGUUUCCACCCUGUCCCCUCCGCUGUGGUCAGGAGGACCUAGCUUUAAUAAAGACGGAGAAACAAGCUUGGGGACUGGACUCUAUUUUUGCCCCACCUUGGUGCCUAUUAGCGACACUCACUCUGGAAGGCCCAUCUCCUUUCUGACAUUUCCCCCUUUGAGAAACCAGAAUCGAUUCUGGCAUCAUGGAUUGGGCCUGUGUCCACCACAUCUUACUGGGAUACCUCACACUGCCAUGAAUUUGGAACAACACACAUGGGGCGUGGCUGUGACUAGCUAACCUUCCAGGUUCAGAGAGAGGGCCUAGUCUCCUUUAUGGGAGUGCAGACCCCUGGCCUGGCCUGCCCUUUUCUCAGGGACUCCAAUGCUCAGUGGCUUGCCUACUCCAGCUCCACGGAGGCGUGACCACCACCAGAGUUCCCAAACAACCCCCUUUAAACUGGCUUUUCUUAGUCUUCCAGCUGAUCUUUUCCCGAUGGGUUUGAAAGAAAUAUGCAAAUGUGAUUUGAGACAUGGGGAUAAAGGAGACUGGCAUCUCCAUUAAAACAACGAACAGGCCGGGCAGGGGAUACAGCUCAGUUGGUACAGUUUGCGCAGUAUUCCCACUUUCCAUCCCCAGAACUCCAUGGUGACACACACACGUUACCCCAGCAUCUGGGAGAUGGAGUCAGGAUUGGGGAAUUUACCAUUCUUUUCAACUCCCUGGGUUUGAGGCCAGCCUUGGCUACAUAGAGACCCUACCUCAAAAAUAACCCAGACUUUCAGAAGGCAGAUGCUUAUUAAGAUAUAAAGAUGGGUGACCACAGCCGGGCGUGGUGGCGCACGCCUUUAAUCCUAGCACUCGGGAGGCAGAGGCAGGCGAAUUUCUGAUUUCGAGGCCAGCCUGGUCUACAGAGUGAGUCCCAGGACAGCCAGAGCUAUACAGAGAAACCCUAUCUCGAAGGAGAAAAACUGAAAAAGAAAAAGGAAAAAAAAAAAUGGGUGACCACAGAUCUUAGUGUACUGAAAGGCCAAGUAAUCCGGUGAUAAAGGUCACCAUUGACUGCAGCUGGAGUUUUUCUGUGUUGUGUCAAUCCUAUGAUUAGGGGAAAAAAUUCUCUUCAUUACCAAGGAGGGAGGAGCCCCAGUGACCUGUGAAAGGUGACCAACUAAGGGUGACGUUUGGAGGACUGAGCCUGGCCAUUCCCUCCCUCAGCCUCCAUUCUCAUCCCAAUGACCCUGUUUUCUCAGCCUUUGUAUUUUUUUUCACUUGUCUCUUUAGACACUGCCUUCUCUCUCUCUCCUCUACUUAUUUACUAGUUUUAGAUUCAAAUAAAAGUUUCUCUUCCUUGUUCAUCAUUUCCCCUCAGGUUAUAAGUUAGAUAUGAAUUGUAAGAACUCCAGCGGUGGGGGCUGGAGAGAUGGCUCAGUGGUUAAGAGCACUGACUGCUCUUCCAAAGGUCCUGAGUUCAAAUCCCAGCAACCGCAUGGUGGCUCACAACCAUCUGUAAUGAGAUCUGAUGCCCUCUUCUGGAGUGUCAGAAAACAGCUACAGUGUACUCACAUAAAUAAAUCUUAAAGAAACAAAACCCAAGGAGCUCCAGCAGUAUGAGACAUCAAGUUCACCUUCAUCCCCCUGACAAAACUCAUUCUACCCAGUACCCAGGAUCCUGGGCACACGCACAUCUAUAUGGAAAUGGUUCAGGUUAACGACGUGCUUUAGAUACUGUGCGACAACUGGCUUUUCCCCACCAUGCCUACAUCCUCAUACUUUGGGAAGCAACAGUUGGAGGAUCUCAAGUUCUAAACGAAGUCUCAACAACAGUGGGCAGCAGAGAGGGCUCAGCAGUCAACAACACUGGCUGCUCUUCCAGGGGAACUGAUGGCAGCUCACAAGACUCUGGUCCCAGGGGACCUGACAUCCUUUUUUGGCCUAUGAAGACAUGGGAAACGUAUGUGGCACACAGACAUAUAGACAGAACACCCAUACACGAAAUGGAAGCAACAGAACAAGUUAUGCUAAAUUACUUCAUCCGUGUUCCUAUCUACUUCCCCCAGUUCAGACGUAUUUCUCAUUUCACCUGUUACAAUUAUAACAUGUGUCUCUUGG